CGGAGCUGCGGAGCUCGACUGCCCUCCCGGCCAGACACGCUCUCCCUCACGUCCAAGCGCCCGGCCCGGCCAUGGAGCCGGCCCCCGACGCCGAGGAGGCGCGCACGGUGCGCGAGGCGCUGGGCAGCUACGAGGCGGCUCUGGAGGGCGCGGUGCGCGCGUUGCACGAGGACAUGCAGGGGCUGCAGCGCGGCGUGGAGCAGCGCGUGGCCGAGGCGCUGCGCCUGGCCGGGCCGCUUGCGCGCACGGUGGCCGAGCUGCAGCGGGACAACCAGCGACUGCAGACGCAGCUCGAGCGCUUGACGCGCCAGGUGGAGGCGCUGGGCUUGACCCCCGGACUGGCCCCCACGCCCGGCACGCCCAGCCCUCCGCCCGCGCCCGGCGUGCCGGACCGCGCGCCCCGUCUGGGCUCCGCGCGCUUCGCCAGCCACGCCAGCUUCUCGCUGUCCGGCCGCAGCCAGAGCGUGGAUCACCAAGACGAGGCCGGCGAGUCGGAGAUGAGAAGGACCUCAAACUCGUACAUCGUCGAGAACGGGCACCAGCCCGGGGCAGGUCCAGGUGAUGGAACCCCCGAGACCACCCAAACCAUCCCAGCACCAGAGCCCCCCAAGCCUCGCCCUGUGAGUCUCAACUUGCGGCUGCCCCACCAGCCCGUCACGGCCAUCACGCGAGUCUCCGAGAGGUUCUCUGGGGAGAGUUCAGCCACAGCUUUCUCGCCCACGUCUGCCACCAUCCUGGGGGGCCUCAGCCCCAGUGAGGCCACCACACCCUGGACUUCCAGUCCCGGUGAGAAGAAUUCUUCUCUCCCACGGUCUUUGUCCAGCUCUGGCUACGGGGCGGUGACAGCCAGCAGGAAAAACGACAGCCUGCCUCUGGUGACGCCACCCCAGUCGCCCCCGUCCCCGCAGCCGCCAGCCCCGACUCAGGCCCAUCGGCAGGCGGAGCGGCGCCGGGAGCUGGUGAGGUCGCAGACGCUGCCCCGCACCUCGGGGGCGCAGGCCCGGAAGGCGCUGUUUGAGAAAUGGGAGCAGGAUACCGCGAGCAAGGGGAAGGGCGAGGCCCGGGCGAAGCUGAAGCGCUCGCAGAGCUUUGGCGUGGCCAGCGCCAGCAGCAUCAAGCAGAUCCUGCUCGAGUGGUGCCGCAGCAAGACGCUCGGCUACCAGCACGUGGACCUGCAGAACUUCUCCUCCAGCUGGAGCGAUGGGAUGGCCUUCUGCGCCCUGGUGCACUCCUUCUUCCCUGACGCCUUCAACUACAACGCCCUAAGCCCCACGCAGCGGCGGCAGAACUUCGAGCUGGCCUUCACCAUGGCCGAGAAUCUGGCCAACUGCGAGCGGCUCAUUGAGGUGGAGGACAUGAUGGUCAUGGGCCGCAAGCCAGACCCCAUGUGCGUCUUCACUUACGUCCAGUCUCUGUACAACCACCUGCGUCGCUUUGAGUGAAGCCCCGCGGGGCUGGAGAGCCAACCCCUGGAGGAGACGUUGGGGCCGCCUGUGUCCCCGAGGCAGGACGCCCCUCCCCCCAGCAGAGCUGCAUCCUGGUGUGAGAGCGCUGUUUGUUCUGCGCCCUGUGACUGCGCUCCCCAACCUGCCCGGCUGCGUUACUGACGGGAAAGUACUGCUGACCUGUGCUCCGACCGCACUGAUCACAGCCAAGGGCUGGAAGGAAAAGGAAGUAUUACCAGAGAGAGAGAAAUUGGUGCUAAGUAAUUAUCUUCCUUAAGAAAAAAAAAAAAAAAAAAGGCUUCUCUGUAGAUUCCGGAAGGCUGAAUCACAAUGUUCCCCCUGCUGAACUGGAUCCAUUGGCUUUACAGGGUUGCAUUGAUUACCAAGUGUUGUUUUGUUUUUGUUUUUUUAAAUCAAAAUACCCAGAGUUUUCUACUUCCUCACACUAUGGUAGGUUCCUUUCCUCCCUCACUCUGGGCCGCUGCCAGGAAACAGAUGCUUAAUCAGCAGCUUGACAAAGAGCGAAGUCUUGGGAAGAAACUGUUUAAUCACUCCCAGGUCCUGGGCAACAGAUGACCUGCAAGUCACCUCGGCUCUCUGGGGAGAUGGGAGGGCUCUCGCUUGGUCCCAAAGCGGUCCUGUCCUUCCUAGGAGGGCCCCACAAGUGUUUGGCUAAGAAUAGGCUCUUGGGAAGUUAACACUUUUAAGGAAGGACAGGCCCUUGGUGCUGCGAGGUGGUUUUUAUUCACAGCUUUUUUUAGGGGAUUUGCUGCAGAUAUUUAUAAAAAGUAACUCCGUCUGUACCCUUGACCGUUUGUACAUAAAAAGACGUGUCGCACUCUGCUUG